CUGAUGAGGCAUUUGGGAUUUCAGUCUUGCCAAACCUUUUAGGUUAGUAACUCUGACUAGUGUGCUCUGUCAUCGGAUCUCUCACUCAAAAAAUAGACAGAGAGUUGGAAGACAAAAAGACAAAUAGUUGGAUAACUCUGUAUGUGACAACCUCUGCGGACUCUUUAAAGUGGAUACCUGCUUUUUGCAUUAAGGAUAUAUUUUGGACAUUUCUGGAAUAUCUUGGAAAUGUGUUCUGGAAGGAAUCUAAGGACUCAGGCGUUUUUUUACCCCAUCUUGCUGUUUAUUGUCUGUUCAGCUAAAGCCGAGGUGCCCAGAAGCUGUUCUCGCCCCUGCUCGUGCCCCCCGUCUCCUCCCUCGUGCCCCAUUGGAGUGAGUUGGGUGUUAGAUGAGUGUGGUUGCUGUAAGGUGUGCGCACAGCAGUUUAACCAAGACUGUGGACCUGAUUGGCCCUGCGACCACAUCAAGGGUCUGCAUUGCCACCUAGGGGCCGGAGAGGACCCUCUACGUGGUCUCUGUAGAGCUGAUGCACAAGGACGUCCAUGUGAGUUCGGAGGUCACAUGUAUCAGCACGGAGAGGAUUUCCAGCCCAGCUGUCAGCACCAGUGCAACUGUAUGGAUGGGGUGGUGGGCUGUAUGCCCCUCUGCCCACACCAAGUCCCCCUGCCUAACAGACACUGUCCCAACCCCCGUCUUGAGACACUGACAGGUCGCUGUUGUGAGGAGUGGGUAUGUGAUGAUGACAACAGCAUCAGGGAAGACCCACCGGAUGGCCGCUCUCAUCAUGCACCGACCAACCACAUUAGCAAACUCUUACAGAAUGCUAACGGCUUCCAGUCCAGAAUGGACUCCUAUCAAGAGUGGGCUUCCCUGCCAGUGUUUCAGAUUCCAUUUCCAUCCCUUGAAUGUUUCCAACAGACCACUGAGUGGACAGAAUGCUCCGCCUCCUGUGGGUUUGGCAUCUCGAGUCGUGUGACCAAUAGUAACACAGAGUGCAAGCUUGUUAGAGAGACACGCCUUUGUCAGGUCCGAGACUGUGAUGUCACUCCAGCUCUGAAGAAAGGGCAGAAGUGUCGAAAAACACUGAGGUCUCGGGAACCGGAGCACAUUACAUUUGCCGGCUGCACCACAGUUCGACGCUACCGGACUCGCACAUGCGGCUUGUGCGUGGACGGCAGGUGCUGUCAGCCCUCUGCGUCCCGAACAGUGCGUCUGCACUUCCGCUGCGCAGACGGAGAGGACAUCACGCGUAAUGUCAUGUGGAUCCAACGGUGCCGCUGCAGUAAAAAAUACUGUGGAGUGCAGAGAGACAGCUCACCCUCUCUUAGCCUUCACAAUGACAUACACACCUUCCCUCACUGAGAACGCACAUACACACACUGACAGCAACGCAAACACUUUGACAUUUAACUCGUCAUCAUGCAAAUACAUUCCCAUUCCAUGAAUCUACUGUUUUCCCGGAGCAUUUUUUUAACAUGUUCUAGAUUUGCAUGCAUAGAAAAUUUGCACUUUAUGUGUUUCUCACUGCAAGCCCCGUUCCAAAAUCUAAAGGAAAUAUAUUUUACAUAAAGAAAAGAAAAAGAUGUCUAUUCCCCUUAAGACUUUUCUGUAUUGUGACAUCACCUCAGUGUGUCCAGCUUUUGUAAUUAGCAAUGCCAUUGUGUCAUUACUGUAACUUAGAAUUUUUUAUGCAUUAAAAUUUUUUUUUUUUUAACUUUUUUAAAUUCUUUUUAAUAGAUAUGAACCGAUACUAAAUUUCUCCGCCGAUACCAAAAGCCACUUAUUCAGAGUGACAUUUGCCGAUAACGAUUCUGAAGAUAAAUUAAUAUUUCUUAACUUUCUAAACGUUAUUAAUUCAUAUAUUAAUUUUGAACGUUAAUAUGAAACAUCAAACUGGUGAUGUUUCUUAACAUUUUCUAUAAACAGAGCACAAAUUCAUUACAUUUUCCUGUCCUCUUUUGAUUGACAGGAUAUAUCGGCGCUGAUCAUUGGCCAAUAGCCAAUAGUGUGAAAAUUGCUUUUAAUGGCCGAUAUCGAUUAUUGGCCGAUAUAUCUAUUUCUUCUUUUUUAGAUCAACAUAAACAAAUACUACCAUAAACAUCUGAAUUUUGA